AUGAAGAAACAAGUGAUCUUUGUAGUGAUUUUGCUCGCCCUUUUAGUGAUUUUUAUGGACUCCACACAAGUAGGAGCCACGAGGUUGUUACGAACCACCUUCAAGAGUGAUAUCGUGUUCGCGUUCGAGUCGCUACAGAAAGGUACGGUGCCUGGGUCUGGUCCUAACGGUUGCUCUAACAUCCCUAAAGGCUCGCCAGGCUCGUGCCGCACAUGA